GGGAGAGGAGCCUGCUCGUUUUCGGUCCGAAUCGCCUCGGGGGAAACCUUUUUUUCAAUAUGAUGACCAAGAUCCUGCUCGUGGCUCUGGUGGGCGUGGCCUGCGCCGCCUCAGUGGAGAAGCGCGAGGGCGCCGUGGCCCAGGCCCGCGACACGUCCUCCUCCUACGCCGCCCCCGCCGCCCCCGCCCCCUCCUACGACGGCGGCUCGCAGGGCAACCUCUACUACUACUACUACCCCGUGCAGGAGUACGGCGAGACCGGCGCUGCCUCCGGCGACUUCGACAUCUUCACCGCCAUCAUCCUGCCCCUGCUGAUCCUCGGCGGCCUGCUCCUGCUGCUGUCCUCCCUCACCUUCACCCUCACCACCGGAAGGGCCCUCAGCACCGAGACCCAGGAGCCCGCCCUCAUGGACCAGCUCCACGACGAGAUUGAGCGCGUCUUCUACAUCUACCUCAACGCCUUCGAGAGCGAGCAGUGCCUCCAGAGGACCAUCUGCGAGAUGGGCGCCUACUCCAAGGACCUCAAGGGCAAGGACUUCGUCCUCGGCCUGCUGGAGCCCCUGGUCCCUGAGGGCAUGAAGGGCAACCUCGCCAUCUUCAAGAAGGCCGCCGAAUCCGGCUACGAGACUGGCAAGUGCAAGAAGUUCAGGUGCGUCGCCCCCAAGCUUCUCUAAGUCACCCCAGGAUUUAAGAUAAAUAGAAAACGGAUGCUCUUGGAAAGACCUUUCUUACAGAAAACGGGAACUUUGCUUGACGACCGACGCUUCCAACAAGAAAACGGAAUGUAGGUCGCAUAUUCCGGUGUUUCCGUCACUGCGAAUUUGUGAUUCUGCACAUGAUCAAACUGCUUGCUCUUCUUGAUGCUGAGCAAGAGCCACUAGCACUAGGAAUUAAUACUGGGCUCGUCUCCACUUGCUGCUGGUCGGCAGUGUUGACCAGCACACUUAAGAAGAAUCCAUGGACAUCUUAAUUUAUUCUUUUGUAUAAUGUUAUGAAUAAUAUUUAUUUAUUGUUACUGUUGUUGUUGUAUGUCCGAGUGGCCAAUCCUAACGAGAUUUUGUUUUCGGUUAAAAAUUCCUAAUUGUUCGUUUCUCAGGGCUCUUAUUUUACGAAAUUCAGAUAAUCUGACCCCAAAAAAUAUAUGUAUCCAUCAUAUAUAUAUUUAUCACUCCUUUUCCCUACCUGCACCCAUUCUCGCCUUAUCACAUCCUCCGUUAUAUUUCAUUAAAUUAAGUAGCACUGCACAUUCCAGCCUCACCUGUCUCACUUUUCCCACGCUUAGAGCCCCCCUCCCCCACAGGCCCCCUCCCCACCCCUACUUCUCCCUUGAAUUCACGGGACUCGAUAACAUUUGCAUAUCGAACCCACUUAAUGAUUGGCGGCAACCCCCCCAACACCCCCCCCCCAAUUUACUUUCUCUACAGUGCCAUGAACCUCUUCUGUGAACACUAUUAUAUGUUAUUGCUAUUAUUUUUUAAUCAUUAUUAUUAUUAUUGUUAUUACUGUUUUUGUUAAUAUUGUUGUUAUCAUUAUUAUUAUUUUGUGGUUACGCAAAUUCAGACAGCACAGUUGUACCAGCCAGGUGUACAACUUUUCCGUUCCUACCUGUAGCAUUAUUUUUGGUCAUUAUUAUUAUUAUCAGCGUUUGUUCAUUUUAAGUGCACGUUUGCCUCCAACUGUUCAUCAGGGUUCACAAAGCGGGAAAUGGAACAUUGUGGACCAUCGGAUCGGUGUUAGUAUUGCAAGGUUAGAUUGUCAAAACCUCUUUGCAAUUGAAUGCAACCAUCCCGGGCUCACAAAUGUACAUAGUUACAUAUCCUAAGUCUUUCACACACGCCUUUUUUGUUUGUUUUUGUUGUUUUUUAUCAUUUAGCUUUUCAUGCACAUUUAUUAAUGUGUUUUGUUCCUUUUGAAUGAUUAUUUUGUUAUGUUUAUUUUUUGUGUUGAUGUAAUAUCACUAUUGUUAUGAUUUUUUUGUUUUUAUUUUGUAUGCACCAUUGAUACCUUUCGUCUUCCUCCCGACCCUCCCUGUCCUUGUUUGUAUUUGUUACAAGUUGGAAUUCACUUGAUUGUAUUUGUUCGCUAGGCUGAUUUAUUCAUACCUUUUAAAUACACACAUAUCACAUAUGUUUAACAGAGCUUUGUAAAUACAAUGGCCUUCCAAUAUAACUUUUUUAUUCUGA